AUGGCGCGCCGGUACGAGAUCGAUGAGCUGUUAUGGCUACGCUCAUCGCCUCUUGUCGCAAAACCUCCUGGUCUACCCCCGAUUGAAGAAUGGAUACUGACUGACCCGCAUCGGUAUCUGCUCUUAACAGGCCUCAACCUGACCCAACAACCCAACGCAAACAACAGACGACUCGCGACCCCAAUAACCCAUCUGAGACGACUACGAACCGCAGACCCAGCUUUUUCGAAGCUCGCCAUAUCUCUCGCGGCUCCAAUUCAGGUCAUGAAAUCAAUGCAGAGGACAUUAUUCUCCGGGCCCCCCAAGACCGCCUUUGCGUCGUCUCGAAUUGGCGGAGGGGGUAAAGGGUCUUUUGAUCUGACAGAACGGCCGGUACGAACAGGAGAUUCGGAUGAUAAGGGUGAUCGUUUCAACCUUCGAGACAGACUAUUCAAAGACAAAGAUACUCAGGAAAGAGAAUCUGAGCGGCGAGAUGGAAGAGCAGGUGGACUGAACGGCCGUCGCGGGGAAAGAGAGGACUGGAAUGCUGGCCGUCCUCGCCGAGGAUUUGGACCUGAUGAACAAGACCGUAAACCAAGACGCAACGGAGAAUUUGACCGAUGGGAAAAUCGCGAGAAUCCUCGAGAUCCCAAUACAGAACGAGGCACCCGGGAGCGUGAUGGUCGUUUCCCUGUCCGAAAAGAUGGCCAGCCGGGCCGGGCCAAGUACGAAGGUAGCUGGUUUCGCGAUGAAAAUUCUCACGAGGGCGCUGAUCCUGUCGAUGACGACAAGCCUGCAACAAGAAAUCGCGAAUGGCGUCGCGACCGCCACGGCGCAGACCGCGAUUGGACCCGAGGCGCCAAAAUCGAACAAGAGCCCGAGUGGUUGGAUAGCAACGAUCGAGAUGAACCACGACGAGCACACACACAGGAGGACUUUGAACGUUGGAAGGAGCGCAUGAAGGCUGGUUCCGGCGCUGGUCAAUCAAACCCAAAUCAUGAAGAGAAGAGAGACGCACAUGAUGAACCGAAUGUUGCUUCGCAGAAGACGGAGACUAACCACACCGAUGGAGAGACAUUUAACAACCCUUCGAUGGCCGAUAACUCUAUGGAACGGUUUUUCGGAAUGUUAGGAGACCCGAAGCCCUCCGUUCCCGACGUUGGAACGCCCAUGUCGGCGGACUCAGGGGCCAAGAAGGACUCUUCGGGAGGAAAACUUGGAAAGUCCUCCCGAUUUGCUGGAUUGUUUAGUCCUCCUCCCGAGAGCCCUUCCCAGGCUCCUGAGCCUAACCCCUUCUCCAGGCUCACUGGCGGCACACCCGUCAAUCCCCAGGAUCCCGAUCAAGAAGGCUUCCAGCGCAUUCUGCAGAUGCUGGGUGGAGGUGGAGGUGGAGCAGGCCGAUCUCACAAUGGCACGCCUAACCAAGGGGAGUUGUCUAACCAGCCGCGCCCAAUGAUGCAGCUAGAGCAGCCCCGUAUGCCUCCCAAUAUCGCACCUAGAGAUGCACUUCCACGCCCGGAAUAUAUGGGUGCCCAUGAACUUCCCAUGUCACAGAAUAUUGGGAAAGAACCCCAGUCGCAUGAGCGGGAGCAUCUCCUGCGCCUGAUGCAACAAGUUCGGGUUGGACCUCCGUCGGGAAGCCCAUCGCAGCAGUCACCUCCCAAUGCCGGGCCCCCACCACCCCCGGGUUUGAUGCCAGAGAUGAUGCCCCGUCCUCCCCCGGGAUUGACCAUUCAGAAGGGGCCAAACUUCCUAGACGAUCCGGCCAUUGCGAACAUGCAGCGACCGGAUAGCGACCAACUCCGUCGGCGCGCUGCUAAUGGACCUCCACCAAUGGGCUAUUUUGACGAUGUGCCGUUCCCUCCUCAAGGCGCACAGGGCCCUAUGACACCUGGCGGAUCUCGUCCACCCCAAGGCCAGCCUCCGAUGCCGCUUCAGCGGCCUCCAGGCCUUGACCAUAUGCCCCCUCCCCCGGGUUGGGCUGGUCAACCUCCUCAACAGGGCAAUGGACCUAGUCCAAUGGGCCCCCCUCCUGGUAUUCCCACUCCAGGUCGUGGACCCCCUCCGAACUUUCCACCGGGCAUGAUUCCAAUGCCUCCCCGCGGCCUUCCACCAGGCAUGAUGCCUCCUCCAGGAUAUAUGGGCGGCCCUCCGCCUCCUGGCUUUCCUCCUAUGCCGCCAAAUCCUGAAGCUAUGAUGGGACUCGGACCUGGUCAAGGACCUUUUGGGCCCGGGAAUCCUGGCCCGGGUCUGCAAGGCCCUCCUCCCUCAUCCCGCCAUCUGCUUGAGAUGUUUGGUCAGCCUAAUGGUGGCGACGGUCGCGGUGGCAUGGUCGUACCUGGUCAGUUCAGGUAA